AUGGUAAUAAUUGAGAAAAUUGGCAAUUACCCAGAAGAUGACACUAUUAUCUAUAAACAGAGGAAUGAAAAGGGAAUAGUUAAUCGGAGUUUUACCUAUAAAAUAAUUACAGUAGGAAAAUACCCAGAUAAAAAGAUUCUUCAAGUUACUCGUGCACCAAACUGUUAUCCUAUUCCUGAUGAUUACAAAAUACAAACAAAGUGGGGACGCGGAAAUGAAAACAAGAAAUUUACCGAAAGUAAUGCCAAAACAUCAGGAAUUUUACUUUUUGGAUUACAACUUAAUAAAUUAAAAGAAUAUCGAGAAACGAAAUCAGUCAAACCACACACAAAGAUUUUGAAGCCUGUUAAUGAGAUGACAACUUCUGGAUUGACAAAACGAGCAACGAAGAUAUCAUCUAAAGUGUCAGAACAAUUUUCAGAAAUUGCCAACAACUAUUAUCUUUCAGAAGAUGUUCCGUUAUUGAAAUCAAUAGAAUUUAGCGUUAAAGAUAAAAGAUAUGAUAUCUAUUAUGGAAAAGAAAAUCAAGUUUUAAAACAUAAAAAAGAAGUUGCAAUUGUAAGAGCAAUGGAUAAAAGCAGAAUUUCGCGUGAUGGAUAUAGAUAUCUUACGGCAAUUGAGCCAAAUUUACCAAAAGAAAAUGCAAUAUCUGAGCAAAAAGUCUUUAUUAACAAUUUAAUGGAACAAAAUGUUAAAAUUAAAAUUAUUAAUAUUGAAGCAACAGCAGAAGUGAAUCCUGAUGAAGUACCACAUAUUAUGGAUGAAAAUAUUGUAGAAACAGUUAUUAAUUCAGUGGGUAAAGCAGGAGUUCGAAGUAUUAAAGAAAUUUUAAUAUUUCUAAUACCAAGUUUAGUUAGAAAAAAUAUUUUAAAUUCAUCACAACCUAUUAUUUCAAUUAGAAUUUCAGGGGAUGGAAGAAAUGUUAGCCGAAAGGUUAAGCAUGUUAUGAUUACAUUUGCAAUUCUUAACCAUAAAAAAGUUCUUUUUUCCCCUGAAUAUCAUUACACUCUUAUUCUUUAUCCUGGGUCUGAAGAAUAUAAUACUUUGGAUAUAACUACGAGGUUAUUAAGAGAAGAAUUAUGGCAGCUAAAAAAUCAAGGACUAACUAUUGGAUUUAAUUCUCCAACAAGUAACUAUUUUUGUCCUUGGUGUUUAAUUAAAAAGAAUCAACAUAGUGAUUUAGAUGCUAAUUGGACAAUCUCAAAAAAUAUGAAUAAUCUGAGAAAUAAUUAUACCUUUUAUUCAGGUCAUCAUAAAAAGCCAUUGUUUGAUAUGAUUGAAAUAGAAAAUUAUUUAGUUGAUGAAUUACACGUUAUGUUAAGAAUUACCGAUAGACUUUGGAGCUUAGUAAUAUAUGAGGUAAUUGAAUCAGGAUUUUUUGAUAUAGCACGUGAAGUUAUUAUUAAAGAAAUGCAGCGUAUUGGUGUUCGCUUUCAAUUUUGGCAAGAAAGAGAUUCCAACAAAUGGUCAUAUACUUCGCUUAUGGAACAAGAAAAACUUAAAGUAUUACGUAAUUUUAACUUAGAAACAAUUCUAGAACCUACUCGAGCAAAGGUGAUAAGAAAAUUAUGGGAUGAUUUCAAUGAUCUUUAUAGUGCUUUAAAAAAUGAAUAUACUGAUCCUAUAGAAUUUCAAUCAGCUGCUAAAGCAUGGCUUAAUUAUUUUCUUACUCCUUCAAUUGGAAAUCCUGAAGAUUCUGAUUUUAUUAAAGGCCUUUAUCGACCUGUUGAUAUCACUCCAUAUAUGCAUGUAUUAGUAUGGCACAUAUGGGAAUUUAUGGAAAAAUAUAAUAAAUGGGGUAUUAAAUCUUUUUCCUGUUCUCCAGUUGAAAAGAAGAAUCAUAUGCAAGUAUCAUUUUUUUUUCGCAAAACUAUGAAAGAUGGAGGCAAGCUUGUUAAUUCUAAGGCUGCAAUAGUAGAAAUUCUUGAAGAAGAAAACAGAUCACUUUAUGAAUUAUCUGAUAAUAUUUCUUUUAUUUGUGAUAGACCUCAAAAAAUUAGAAUUAUCAAUAAAAAAAUUAAACCUAAUAGAGUUCAAAUUUAA